AUGAUGGUGGAUUUCUACGCCCCCUGGUGCGGCCAUUGCAUGGAGCUAGAGCCCGAGUAUGCGAGGGCCGCCAAGGAACUGGAGAAGGACGGGUUGCUGCUCGGGAAGGUGGACUGCGACGCUAACGAGGAGCUCUGCGACGAGGACCGCUGGGACAUAGAGGGGUUCCCCACGAUCAAGGUGUUAAGGGGCGGGGUAGGCGGGCCCAUCCACGACUACGUCGGGCCUAGGUCUGCGGCGGACAUGACGGCGUUCAUGCGGCAGGUGGCCGCCUUCCCCCACCCCGAUGAUGAUGACGAUGAUGACGACGAUGACGAGGGCGAUUUCUAUGAGGAUGAGGAUGACGGCGAUGCGUACCGCCUUGUGGAGGAGGAAGGCGUUUUGGUGCUAGGGGCCCACGAUUUCGAGAGGGCCACCGACCACUUCAUGAUGAUGCUGGUGCUGCUCUACACCCCCGGCUGCGAGGGCUGCGACGCUGUGAUGGAGGAGUACAUCGAGGCGUCGGACGAGCUUUACGAGCACCUUGUUCCCGUGGCUAAGGUGGACUGCUUCCUGCAGGCGGAGCUGUGCCAGCAGCCCCAGUGGAGCGAGGCCGCCUCAGCAGCUGCCGCCGCCGCCGGCGGAGGCAACGACACCGCCACACCUCCGGCGGAUGGUGUCGUCGUCGUGGAUGGAAAGACGCCGAUGCUAUUCGUCAUUCGGAAGGGGGAGGUAUUCGGCUACGACGGGGACGCGGCCGCCUCGAGCGCUGCCGAGAUGGUGCAGUUCGUGAGGGUUGUGGCCGAGAUCGGCGGGGAGGCUCUCGCUGACGAUGAGGAUGAGGAUGAGGAGGAGGAUGACGGUUUGGGCGACGACAACUACGGGGAUGGUGAUGAGGUGGACGAGAGCAGCGUGCUGGUGCUGGACGAGUCGAACAUCGACCAGGCGCUCGAGGACGCCGACGGCGGGGGCGGCGGCGCCCUCCUGCUGGAGUUCUUCGCCCCCUGGUGCGGGAACUGCAACCGGCUCCGGCCGCGCUACGCCCGCGCUGCCGACGCGCUGAAGAAGGAAGGGAGCCCCGCUCGUCUCGCAAAGAUCGACUGCACAACGAACGAAGACUUGUGCGCCAGCGAGCCGUGGCAAAUCACCAAGUACCCGACGAUAAUGCUGAGGAGGUUCGGCGAGCUGUACGAGUACGACCAGGCCCGCGAGGCGAGGGAGCUCGUGCGGUACAUGAGGAAGGCCGCGGAGCCGGCGCCCAAAUAUUUGGCAGGCGACCGCGAGGUGGGCAGAUUCUUGGAGGAGAACGAGGUGUCGGUGGUAGCGGUGCUGGAGAAGGAGGGUUCGGACGCGUACGUAAAGUUCAAGGAGGCCGCACGGGAGGACUUCGGCCGCGCCUACGGGGUGUCCUACGACGACGAGGUGGCCGAUAUCAUGGGAGCAGACAUCGGGAACAAGGUCGUUGUCUACCGACACUUCGACGACGAGCAGCUGUCGAUGCAGAUCUUCUCCUUCACGAAGAAGGACGACAUAUUGGCUUUCGUCAAGGGCGCCUCCAAGAAGUUGUUCCUCAAGAUGGGCUCGGAGGAGGCCAGCCAGGUCUUGAGCGAGCGUCCGUUGGCCAUGUUCGUCUUCACUGAAGACGAGAAGACACCCGGCGUGGCUACGGGGCAUAUGCUGAAGCUGCUCCAGGCGAUGGGAAAGGAGGCGCUCGUGGCGUCGUCGAAGGUGACGGCCGAUGCCGACGGCGCUGACGCGACGCAGCAGCAGCAGCAGCAGCCCGUGCGGUACAUCCACGCGGCCAUGGACAAAGCCGGGGCUCAGGUGCUGGGUUUCUUCGUGGGGGACGGCAACCGGGAAGACCACGUUCCGGGCGUGUUCCUCGUGACCCCCGGGGAGGUUGAGGGGGAGACCUUCAAAUACCGGUACGAUGGCAAGGAUGGCGACGACUACACCGUAGAGCUCCUCCAAGCGUUCGAAAGAAGCUUCUUCGCGGGGGAGCUCAAGCCUUUCACGAAGUCGGAGCCCCUCUCGCCCUGGGAUGAGGCCGGGAGCCUGAAAGUCGUCAAGGCCGACUCUUUCCGGCGGAUAGUCAUCGACAACGACAACGACGUCCUGGUAGCCUUCUACGCGCCGUGGUGCCCGCACUGCAGGCGGCUCGGCCCGAUCUACGAAGACAUGGCGGAGAGGCUGGCAGGGAGGGAGAAGCUCGUCGUCGCGAACAUGGACGUGGCGGCUAACGACCUGGACUAUCCCGGGGUUUCGGCGAAGAAGCUGCCGACGGUGGUGCUGUUCAAGGCCGGGUCGAAGGACAAGCCCGAGGUGUACGACGGGGAGCACGAGCUCGAGCCGUUGGAGGCGUUCGUCAACGAAAACACCCACUACAAGCAACCCCCGGCACCAGCACCGGAUGCGCCAUCUAGAGACGAGCUAUAGUGUAGGACUUGGCGAGCGGGGCUCGAAGCGGGUGAGCGGCGGCAGGAAAAAGCUUCACGGCUGAGACCUCUGUCUCUCUCUCUCUCGGUCUCUUUCUCUCUCUCUGGUGCGUGCUCGGAGAGGUGGCGGAAAGCGCUCGCCGAAGGCUCCCGCGUGACGUCAUCAAUCGAUCGCCGGCGGUGCCUGCGGCCUGGUUUGCAAUCUAGUUUGCGGGAGCGUAGCAGCUUUUGCCUGCGAGCAGGCACACGUCCCGACUUGUCGGUUGAGAGAGCUGUGUGUGACGUUCAGAGAGUUCUGGGGAGAGACUCAUGCCCGAAACAUUUUUUUGUGUGUGCUGUAGUGUGCGGAACGCAGCUAUUAUUGCUGCCGGCCGCCCUAAGUGUAGCUGGCGGGGGUCAAUCCGAUAGUUGAUGCAACGGAGCACGCGGUUCGUGAAGCCUAACGAGAGAUGUACGCGGAAGGAGGGAGAGGGGGGGAGGUAGGUUCCAAGCGGGUCAGCUGUGUUUCUUUGUCGUAUCAUGUUUACACCGUGUUUUAGUGAAAUAGUCGACUGUCGUGGUACGUCCGCUUGUCUUGUAUGCAUUUGUUACGUGGCAGCCUAUCCUACCCCUCCUUGAUAGUAACUCUUUUUUUUUUUUUUGGCGUUUUUGUGAGUACAAUAUUUAUCAUAUCUUAUCUUGUUGAUUCGGUCGAUGGCUCUCGAAGGAUUUCGGGCGAUUGGUCGGAUAGAUAGUCUCGAGUUUAUUCAGGUUUCAUUAAUUGCCGUGCUGGGAAUAACGCGGUUUUCUACCUUGGUCACCGAGCUCAUGCACGGUGGUGCCGGCGGCGACACCGAGGAUUCGUGCGCCUGUGUGCGUUGUGUGUUUCAUGAUUGUUAGCCUGUAGAGACCCCACUGACCAGCUGAUCAGUGAAAAUCUAUCAAAUCUCCGCGCGACUAAAACGGCUAUUUAGUGUACGCGGACGAAGCGGGCUGGCUGUGCGCAAAACAGCGUCACGGCGUUGUUCCUUUUUUCAUGUUUGUUGUGUCGCCUGGGUGGUCCCUCCUCCGUGUAGAACACACCGCGAGGCCGUCGAGAGAGAGAGAGAGAGCGUCCGAUUUUGUGUUCGAUGCCUCUAUUGUUGCUGAAGCAAGACGAGCUUGUGUUCCGUCGGGCCUCAUGCCGAGAGUGGUUAAUACUUGAUAAGGAUAUCUGGAGGCAACAAGCGGACAUGUGUUCGAACCCCCCCCUCAAUUUUUGAGCACGGUGUGCCGUGUUGUCGACGUGUGGUCGAAUUUUGAGGUUUUAUUUUCCAUGACUGACUCGCACCCCCUCAGCGAUGCAUGCGCGGGGGCACGUCUUUCGGACCUGUUUUUUCGUGUGUUUCGCGUUGGAGCUGCGUCGUAGGGGACACCCGUUGUAGCCCUCUUCCUUUUAUUUUGCGUCGUUCUAUGCAACGAAAGUCUUCUAAAUAUCUACAGCCUUGGCUUUGCUCUUGCUUUCAUUCAAGGGGCGGGGGGCGCGAUUGCGUUCCACCCUGGCUCGUAAUUGUUGUGUUUGUUCUUUUUGCGCGUCCACCCCGCGUUUUUUGCCGCGGCAUGACAACCGCCGUUGCACCGAUCUUUCCGGUCUUGUUUUGAAAAAUGAUUAGUUCGUGUGUUGGCCAUGAGACGUACGAUAAACAUGCGAAGGUUAAAUUUGUAUGUUUGUGUGGCGUUCCCUUGCUUCUUGCGGCAGUUUCCGCGAUUGUCGCGCGUUGUUCUCUUUUCGAUAAGGACCGCUUUUGUGUCGUGAUUGGACAGCAUCCUUCUCGAUGUGCUAAUACUAGAAUUCGACAUAGUUUUGAAGAGGUCGAGUGGUCCCCACGGCCGCCUUCUAAGGGUAUGGCGAUCACUCUUGACUGUUUCGUUCACGUUCCGAGUGUAGCAGAAAAAGUUGCUUCACUUGUCGUGAUGACUUUUCCAUCCCUGCGCUACACCUUGCUGGUCUCUUUGAAGGGAUUCAUUCCUUGGUCGGAACGUUUUGUCUCAGUGGCAACGAACAGGCCAUGUUUCGAGCGCUUCUUGCGGUGCUCCUGUAGUCCAGCUGGUGACAGAGUAGCGCUUCAUCUACUGCUGUGCUCGUUGUUGUCUCUCUCGCAUUUUGUUUUUUAACUAAGAACCGUGAGCGCUUUCGAGGCGGUGUGCGCAUCUUUGUGGAGUCAUGAUUUUCCGAGCCAUGCUUGACACGCAGCGAGACUUGCACUGCAGCUCGAGGUGAUCGUCU